CGCCAGCGCCAACAACUCAGCAAACGAAUCAAAAAAACAGCUGCGCUGUUUGCAUUUAAUUUGUAUUAUUAUAAACUAUUUUAUGAGAUGAUAUGCCGACUCUGUCUGGAGGAUGCUGAGCACGGUGUGCCCAUUUUCGGGCAGGAAGCAGCGGCGACGACCAUGCCGCCGGCUCUGCUGAUCGAGCGGCACCUGCAGCUGGUGCUGGCGGCCAAUGAUGCCGUGUCCACCAGCCUGUGCCACCGAUGCUGGCAACAGUUGGGCGACAUCGAGCACUUUUGCUCAAUGGUGGCGGAAAAGCAACGCUCGCUGCACCGCUCCCUGCAGCUCAAGACCGAGGUGCCCGAGCUGCCGGAGCUGGCCGAACCGGAACCAGAGCCCGCCAUGGUGGUAUGGAACACGGAGACCACGCCCAUUGAGCCAAAGCUGGGCUUUGAGGGCGACGAUAUCAAGGAUCAUAUACUAUGCGAACCGGUCAUCGAUGCCAUGUCCGCUGGCGAUGACAAGGACAGCGAUUAUGGCGACACCUUUGAGCCGGACUUUGAGCCUGCGGCCGGCUAUCAAUCCGAGGGCGAGGGCGAGCUAGAGCCCAAGCCGGAUCCGGUCAAGCCACGCCGCCGGGGCAGGCCGCGCAAGACGCCGCUGCAGCAGACACAGCAGAUCAUCAAGCGGAAGUAUGAGAAGCGACCCAAGCCGGCCGCCAAGCAGGAGUUGUCACUACGCGAGUCACGGGCACGUUUGAGAGAGCUGAAGCGCACCAGUAACGAGGAGGAUGAGGAGGAUGAUGAUGAUGAGGAGGAAGAGGAGGAGAAGGAGAUCAUGACGGCGGAAGGUAUGGAAAAGCCCAAGCCCAGUGGCAAGCGUGGCCGACCGAAAAUCAAAAAGGAACCAGGCGAUGAUGAUAUGGAAGCCCCUGUCAAACGCAGCAGCAUCAAGGAAAUGGAUGACUAUAUAGCCGCCAAUGUGAAGCUGGAUUGCGCCCUAUGCGCUGCCCCUCUAGAGGACUUUAAUGAUCUCAAGCGUCACUUUCGUGUGGAGCAUGACUGUACGGGCUUUGUCAAGUGCUGCAAUAAUCGUUACAAAAAGAGGACAUUGUAUGUGGAUCAUCUGCAUUGCCACAAGGAUCCGCAGUAUUUUAGCUGCCAGAGUUGUCGAAAGAACUUUCUUAAUCGGAAUAGCCAGGUGAUGCAUAUGCUGCGCUUCCAUUCGCAACAACAGGAGCUGGUCCAUCAGUGUGCCAUCUGUGAGGCGCGUUUUGCCAAGAAAUUUCUGCUGACCAUGCAUCUCAAGGGGCACAAGGGUACCGAACGGCCCGAAGUGUGCGAGGAUUGCGGCAAGACAUUCCGCACCAAAUUCGAGCUGAGUGCCCAUGUUAAGCGCAUGCAUGCUGCUGAUUUUACACCCAUCAUUUGUGACAUUUGUGGUACACAUUUCCGUUCCAAGGCCAAUUUUCUUAUACACAAGAAGGCAUUGCAUCCGGAUGGGCCCGUGGCGGAGGUUCAGUGUACCCUAUGCGGCCGCUGGCUGCGGGACGAGCGUAGCCUGCGCAAGCAUCUUGCUAGACACGAUGAUCGUGACGGUGACACUAAGUACCGAUGCCUGCUCUGUAAUGCAGAGAAGUCAUCCCGUGCCGCACUCAGCAGCCACAUGCGGUACCAUCACUCCGCCAAGCGGCACAAAUGCAGUCUCUGCGACAAGGAAUUUAAGCUGCCCCGAGCAUUGGCUGAACACAUGGCCACCCAUACGGGCAUUGAUCUGUAUCAGUGUCAGUUUUGUACACGCACUUUCAAGUCGCACGCCAACAUGCACAACCACAAAAAGAAGAUGCAUCCGAAUGAGUGGGUGCGCAAGUAUUCACAGCCCAGCAGCAGCCUAGCCCAAGGCAACACCAGCACAUCCUUAGCUUUGGCUCCACCACCAGUUCCGCUGCAACCUCCUCCAUCACAGACAACUCUUCCCACGACGACGACAACAACGGGUGGUGUCCAUCUUCUACCCGGCAUGGCUGCUCCUUUGACCAUUGUACCCAAGUCCCUCAUUGAAAUACCCGACCCCGAGGGCUUUGACUUUGCCAGCAACAGCUCCGUGUGCCCCACACCCGACUGA